CUCCGCGGGAACUCACAUGCACUUCACAAGUCCUACAGUAGCCAGUUCAAUUCAGGUCAUGCCAUUCGAGCUUCAAGUUCUCCAAGCGAUGCACAAUUCAACCCGGCUAUCAUCCUUUGCACCCUCUUCUGUGGGUUAUACACACCUACGAAUUGCACGAUAAACCUCACUGCUCAAUUCUUGAGGGGCGUAAGUGGAGCCUUGUGCUCGACACUUUUCUGUCUGUGGAGGAUGUGGAAAGGGAUCUCCUCUACAGCUGCAGUUUCAGAUAUUCUUCUCCAGGACGCAACACCCAACAAGCAUUCUUAUCUAAACCCCUGCUUUCCUUCAUCCUGAUUUCUAAAAACGAUAUCGUUCUGCUCUAUGCAAAGCGUUUUCAAGCCAUUGGAUUGCAGUUUCCGCCUUUCUCACUGGCGAAGUGGCUGCUUUGUGUCUCUAUGUUUCUGACAGUACGGCGGUGCCGUCGUGAAUCCUGGGGCAGCUUUUGGAGGUGCAGAGCUGGAGAAGAACUUUUGGGCUUAUCUGUGUGCCCCACGCUUGCAUGUGUGGUUGCCCAAGCUCUUCACAAAGCUCUUGAACUCUUGGUACACCACGCGGAUGAAGAACAACUCCACCAAUGCGGAACGGCAUCAUCCAUAUCAGCAGAUUUUAGAAGAAAGCAAGCAGUUGAGCUCUAGCAUGUUUUGACUAUCCAUCAAGAACUUCCAAUUGCAGAUGUAUAGGAAAGUUGAGAGAGAAGAGUUCCUUUCAUCAAUUCAACCAUUCACACUAAACGUGAUGAAUUUCAUAAUAUUAGUUUUCAAUUCCCUGGACCUCUCAUUGCCACUUUGUAGAGGAUUUAUGAUAUAUGCUGUCGGUGCAUCGAGUAGGGAACAACAAUUAGGUCUGAAAAGGCACCUGUUUCAUGGGGGAGCAAUGGAAUGAAAAGUUCAGUGGG